AUGGUAAUUGAUAAUCAACUACAUCCAUUCGAGGAACAAAAAGAAUUACGGUUCAAUAUUACCGACGAAAAAAAAGAGGUACAAUCAGUAAUGAUCAAGCAAAAUGCACUGACCUUAAAUAAUUUUCAUACUCAAUCACGACUUCAAGAAAUAUUUUUCCACUUAAAGCAAUUAAUGAUGGAAUAUCAACCGAAAAUUGAACUUACGUAUAUCCUGCCACCACCAAAUCAUGAAGAUCUUCAAGUUUUGAUUAUGGCAGGGACGUAUAUGUUACUAUUUUUGUUUGGUACCUGUGGUAACGUUGCUGUUCUCACUACUAUUUAUCAUGUGACCCGAUCAAACCGUGGGGCUCUAGAUAAUACUUUAAUCUAUAUAAUUGCUUUAUCAUGCGUUGAUUUCUGUGUUUGUGUUUCACUGCCAUUCACUGUUAUUGACCAAAUUCUCGGAUUCUGGAUGUUUGGUACGGUAGUAUGUAAAUUACACGCUGUAUUAGAAAACUUUGGUAAAAUAUUAUCAUCAUUAAUUAUAACGGUAAUGUCCUUUGAUCGAUAUGUUAGCGUUUGUCAUUUGCAACACAAAUGGCUUGGAUCCAAGCGUUUUGCCGUCAUUAUUUUGACAGGAUUAGCAUCUUAUGCAAUGAUUAUUUUGUACCCACUCUUGUGGAGUUUUGAAGUUCACGAUUUGGUGCUUUUUGAGAAGGAAACAGCGCCUUUUAAGGUCACUCAGAUGAAAAUCAAAAAAUGCAUAAUGGUUAAUAUUUCUUCAUUCAAAUUCACACUUUUUACUAUACACCAAUUUAUACUCUGCUACUGUAUUCCACUUUUUCUGAUAGCUUUUUUUUACACAAAAUUGUUGAAACGAUUAAAAAAACAUGCCCGACAAUUUAAGAGUUCACGCAUUCCACUCUUACGAAUUUCCUUAUUUACCCUAACAGUUGCGUGUUUUUAUUACCUUUGCUGGACACCGUUCUGGUUGGCAACAAUUUAUGCAGUUUAUUUGGAAUAUAACAAAGAUGAAAGUGGGGACGCUAAAGCAAUAUUUGUAUAUCUCAUGUACCUUAUCCAUGCUCUUCCCUUCACUAAUUCUGCUAUUAAUUGGAUUUUGUACGGUUCGUUGAAUGAAUCUUAG